AAAUCAUCCAGCAAUGUUCACGACGUCCCAUAAUACGGAGACAUAAAUAAUGAUAAAAAUAUGUUUAAAACCGAAUUGCAAUCAUCGUCUUGAACCCCCGUGAACUCCUCCCCCGAGUAGAUACAGCAAACCGACUCCAACCAGAUCUGAACCGGAUUCACUCUCGAUAAUCGUUCGACUCUCUAAGUUGUAAACAAAGCAGUAUCGAAGGCCAUUUGUAAUUAAUGCAAAGGGUGGAUUAAAGGGAUGAGCCCCUCUCCCGUUGGCUCAUUGUCGUCCUGUUUCUAAAUCCAUUUGCGUCUCGGAGAAUUGCCCGGGGCAGUUUCCGUGAUUCCACUGGGAUUUAAAAUUUGGUUUUGAGGUCAAACUUUCGAUUUCAAUGAGGAAAAACAUGGGGAGUUUAUCUAACGCUCGUGUUAUCGCUCGGUUAUGCCACGUUCGGCUUAAAACGUGACUCCUUGGAGUCUUCUGUACGUGUCAAACGUGAUUAUGUGAUAGAACUCACGUUUCAUCAUCCAGCGAGGCUAUUGAUGGAUGAUGUAAGGGCUUUGAUUUUGUGGUCAUUUUUUUUCUACCGCUUAUUUAAUGGAGUUCGGGGGGGUUCGGAGAAAUAAUUUGAUAUGCGAGACGGUUUGAUUGAGUGAUUCUGUUACGAGUUUUAAGAGGCACUGGAUGAAAAAAAAAUCCCACACUGAUAGACUGAAGGGUUUGGGAAAAAUCGUGACUUCUUGUUGUGAAAAUUUCAGAGAUCAAUCAUUUUUAUUGGUGCAAUUUUGGAAAUUUUCUUUACGAAACAAUCGGUGAAUUUCGAUCGGGAAUAUUGAUGUGACCCUUCCAGUCACGUCUAAAUCGUCACAUAACUUGUACGUCUCUUCGUGGAAACUCAAUACCUUCGGAUGGAAUUACGACAUCUCUAAAGAAAACCAUCGUGAAAUUGCGCUGAUUCCAAUGUGCGAUUACGCAGUUUUCUGAUGACGAUGGAGAAUUUUUAUUUUACAUUUCUUACUCACUAGACUUGGGAAACGUUUCGCGACACGUGGACUCUUCUUGGGGAAGGAGAUCUCAUAAUAUAUUUUAUUUAAUUGCUCUGGUGAUAAAUUGUUAUUGAUAAUGGAUGGAGAUUACGAGUGGUGAAUGGGAAGUGGUCAAUAUAUCUUCAAUAUUUAAGGGGAUAAAUAAUGUGGUUCAUUUAGAUUUGACAGAAAAUAUUUAUAAUCAGAAACCGAUAAUCUACGAAACAAUUUUUGGAAAUUCUUGUUUCGAUUACAGCUCCGCGCCUGACAGCCGCGACUAUCCGCCUCCCUCCCACCACGUAUCCACCGCGUGCCAGAGCAGGCGGCCCAUCGGGAGGAUCGAACCAGGGCCGCGUUCUCUAUAUGCGCACCGCAACCUGCCGGACAACGACACAGAGUACCAUCGACACUGA